AGGUGUACAGAUUGCACGCUUCAAUUCUACUGCUCCUUCGUGGCUGUUCGACUUGGCUCCUUCGACGACUUUCCCUUCCUGUCGGAUCGGAAGUUAGGACAUUUUUGAUCGGAUGCAACAACGGGAGCUCGCUGGCUUUGAAGAUAUGGGGGAUAAUAGUUGUUCUACUCAACUAAUUGAUGGAGAUGGCGUAUAUAACGUCUCUGGAAUGGAGAAUUUCAUGAAGACCGUGAAACUUGGUGAAUGUGGUCUUUCAUAUGCUGUCGUCUCCAUAAUGGGUCCUCAAAGCAGUGGGAAGAGCACUCUCUUGAACCAUCUUUUCCAUACCAACUUCAGAGAGAUGGAUGCAUUUAAGGGGAGGUCUCAAACUACUAAAGGAAUUUGGCUGGCAAGGUGUGUGGACAUUGAACCUUGUACUAUUAUCAUGGAUUUGGAGGGUUCUGAUGGAAGAGAGCGAGGAGAGGAUGAUACUGCAUUUGAGAAGCAGAGUGCUCUUUUUGCUUUAGCAGUUUCAGAUAUAGUUUUGAUAAAUAUGUGGUGUCAUGAUAUUGGACGUGAGCAGGCUGCUAACAAACCUCUUUUAAAAACUGUAUUCCAAGUCAUGAUGCGGUUAUUUAGUCCUCGUAAAACAACCUUACUAUUUGUCAUACGUGACAAGACUAAAACCCCUCUGGAAAACUUGGAACCUAUUUUGAGGGAAGAUAUUCAAAAGAUUUGGGAUUCUGUUCAAAAACCGAUAGAGCAUAAAAAUACUCCACUUAGUGAAUUUUUUAAUGUAGAAGUUGUUGCCCUUUCAAGUUUUGAAGAAAAGGAAGAAUAUUUCAAGGAGCAGGUUGCGAAUCUAAGGCAAAGGUUUUUUCAUUCUAUUGCUCCUGGCGGGCUUGCUGGAGACAGACGAGGUGUUAUUCCUGCAUCGGGAUUUUCCUUUAGUGCACAACAAAUUUGGAAAGUUAUAAAAGAGAACAAGGAUCUUGAUUUACCCGCCCACAAGGUUAUGGUUGCCACUGUUCGCUGUGAAGAAAUUGCAAAUGAGAAAAUUGCUUCUUUUGCUGAUAAUGAGGAGUGGCGUCACCUUGAAGAGGCUGUGCAAAAUGGCGUUGUUCCAGGUUUUGGGAAGAAGCUCAGCUCUAUAUUGGAGAAUUGUUUGAUCGGUUAUGAUAUGGAAGCUGUAUAUUUUGAUGAUAGUGUUAGAACCUCAAAGAGACGACAAUUAGAAUCAAAACUUCUUCAGUUUGUUCAACCUGCUUAUCAUUCCAUGUUGGGGCACCUAAGAUCCAAAACUUUAGAAGAUUUUAAAGCUAGAUUUGAGAAGGCUCUGGAAAGUGGGGAAGGAUUUGCGACUGCUGCUAAUGAUUGCACUCAGUCUCUCAUGUCUGCAUUCAAUGAAGGCUGCAAAGAUGCAGAGAUUGAACAAGCAUCGUGGGACUCUUCAAAAGCACGGGAAAAACUUCGACGUGAUAUAGAUGCAUAUAUUGCUUCAGUUCGCAAGGCAAAAUUAUUUGAACUCACAUCCUUGUAUGAGGAAAAACUUAAUAAGGCACUUUCAGAGCCUGUGGAAGCUCUUCUAGAUUCUGCCAGUGAUGAUACGUGGCCAUCAAUUAGAAGUCUUCUUCAGCGGGAGACAAAGGCUGCUUUAUCUAAUUUUGCUUUAGCCCUUUCUUCAUUUGAUAUUGAUCAGACAACUAUCGAAAAAUUGCUUACAAAAUUAGAGGAAUAUGCUAGAAGUGUUGUUGAAUCUAAGGCAAGGGAAGAAGCUGGGAGAGUCUUGAUGCAUAUGAAGGAUAGGUUUUCAACAUUGUUUAGCCGUGAUUCUGAUUCAAUGCCAAGAUUGUGGACAGGAAAAGAAGACAUAAAAGCAAUCACCAAAAUGGCUCGUUCAGCAUCUUUGAAGUUAUUGUCUGUUAUUGCUGCAAUUCGCUUAGAAGGGGACAAGGAUAGUGUUGAGAACACCCUUCAACUUGCUUUGGUGGAUGUUCCUAAUAGUUCAACUUCAAAUAGGAACAUUCAGCCAUUGGACCCAUUGGCUUCUAAUACAUGGGAAGAUGUUCCAUCAACGAGAACAUUAAUUACGCCAGUUCAGUGCAAGUCAUUGUGGAGACAGUUCAAGGCAGAAACAGAGUAUACUGUGACACAGGCUAUUGCUGCUCAGGAAGCUAACAAGAGGAACAAUAACUGGCUGCCUCCUCCUUGGGCCAUUGCUGCUAUGCUUAUUUUAGGAUUCAAUGAAUUUAUGACACUUCUAAGAAAUCCUUUGUAUCUUGGGGUCAUCUUUGUUGCAUUUCUUCUGGGCAAGGCCCUUUGGGUCCAGCUUGACGUCUCAGGCGAAUUUCGAAAUGGAGCUCUUCCUGGGAUUCUUUCAUUAUCCACAAAGUUUCUUCCAACCGUCAUGAAUCUCCUCAAGAAAUUAGCAGACGAGGGACAAAGACCUACAGCUUCAAAUACCCGAAGGAAUCCGGAGCUUGAUUCAAAGAGUUUCCCAAAUGAUGUAAAUAGUACUUCGACAUCAUCAGCUGCAUCAACUAAUGAAACUUCUUCAAACAGUACAGCUGCAUCAUCUAAUGUAACUUCUUCAGACAAUGGUGUUGAAUACACGAGCCCAAUAAAACAGCGGUAGGAGUGAGUAACUUGUGCUGCUAUUAGAGUAUAUUCUCAUUGGUCAUUUAUUACGUGAUUUUGCUUCUCUUAAGUCAUUAGAAAGAGCAUUGCCUACUUUCCCAGAGAGAUCUUCAAGCUGCUUAAAGCACUUGCUGGAACUGAUCAGAUUCAAAGUGUUACAUCACGUAAUAGUUGUGAAGGUUCUUCCUUUUUUUUAGGUGAGUAUUUUUAGCGUUGGUUGUGCUUGCUAGGCCAAAGUUGUAUUGGUUUGUUGAUCUUGUUGUAAGGAGGUUUGAUUUUUAUCGGAUGUUGUAAGCUUGGGCUUAUUCACAUUAUUCCUGUCUACCUAUAAAUUUGUGCACUUGUCACAUAUUUUUGGUUUUCAUAGAAAGGUUUGAAGCUCUUCAUACUUAUCUGUUGGAAUGAGUCAUCUUUGUAACGAAGGAACUUUAUGCAUUUGAGUUAGUAAUUAAUGAGUUUCAUAUGUUUUAAAAA